GAGCUUGGAGCUCGGGCAUUUCUCUUUUAGAAUUUUGCUUUUCAUUUUUCCUUCUCAAUGGCGCCGGCGCUAACAGCCGCUACUCAUGGCCCGAGCUCUCCUUGCAUAAGUCAGCACUUGUGGGUUCUGUACGUGAUUAUGUAAUAAACCAUGGUCAUUGAAUUUGUGCACACGUUAUGCAGGGGUACGUGCCUCUGGUGGGUCCUAUGCACGCCGUCCAAUCUGCUCCGAGCUGCCAUCCCUGCUGCUUCUUCUCCCUCUCUGCAUCUUCCUCCUUCACACCCAAUAAGAGACGAUUCCAACCUGAUGGAAGCAAGGUCUUCCCCAGUUCCCCGGCUGCAGGCUGACUCUGCCGUCCAUAUGCAUCUUCAAGGGGCGCGCCAUAUCACACUCACUUGCAAAAGGGGCAACGAGAGAGGGGUCGAUUUGCGAAAGACGCAGGCAAGAUGUCGAGAGUCGUUGUGGUGUCCCUCCAUUGCUCCAACCGCAGGCCUUGCUUACAAGAAGGAGGUUGGUGUUAGAGACAACGGCUGACAGUCCCCUGGCAGAUACUGAGGCAAUGUUGUACGAAAGACGGAUAUCCGGCCGCCGACUGCUACGUCCGUACCGAGUCUCGUCUCUCACCAAGAAGUAGAAGAAGACCCGACGGCGAUU